AUGGCCACUCCAAAAGAAGAUGACUAUACUAAAGCAUCUACAGAAGGGGCAUUGGACUUUGUUCAGCUAUACCAUUCAGCGCUCUCGUCAAAUAAAAGGUCGAUAGCUUCAUUCUACAGCGCUACGCCCACCAACAUACUGUUCAACGGAAACGUCAUUGCGGACGGCCCCGCGGUCGAGGAUAUUUUUACCAAACAGCUCCCCACAGCCCACCAUGAGAUUCAGUCUGUCGAUUGUCAGAUUAUCAAUAAGACCUAUCCUACAACUACGCCUGGUACAAGUGUCAGAGCGAAUGCCAAGAAUAUAUCCAUGCUGGUCGCAGUGAGCGGGUCGGUGAAGUACGGAGACAAAGACUCUCCGCUGCAUGGGUUCAGCGAGACAUUUGUCCUGAUCCCCAACACGGAAAGCAAAGAGAAGAACAGGAAGGACUGGGUCAUUCAGAGUCAAAACUUCCGAUUAGUCGCUUGA